AUCUUUAUUUAUACCACCAACCUCUCUCUCUCACUUUUCUUAAACCAAAAAUAAUUCUUCUUCUAAAGUUUUAAUAAAGACCAUGUCUGAAUCCCGUUUGCAUUUGCAUUUUCUCUCGCUAAUCUUGCUCUGUUGUGUCUCCCUUUCAAGCUUCUUCGAUUUAAACAUCGACUAUAGUAGCUAUGUUGCUUGUGGUCCCCAUCAGACUCAAGCUCUCACAGAGUUCAUGAACGAGUUUGAUUGCAGCCAGUGCAACCUCAGUGAUCCCUUUAAUGGAGUCUGGUGCGAUAACUCCACUGGUGCGGUAACAAUGCUACGACUCAGGGCAUGUCUCAGUGGAACUCUAAAGCCCUAUAGUAGCCUCUUCAGGUUACAUCACCUCCGUUUCCUUAACCUCAGUCAAAACAACUUCAUCUCAUCUUCACUUCCUUCGGAAUUUGGCAAUCUCAGCAGGCUGGAGUACUUGCACCUUGGGCAUAACCAUUUUGAAGGGAAAAUCAUAGAGCCUAUCUCAAAGAUCAUCAACCUCAAGGUUCUUGACCUUUCUUUCCUAAACACAAGUUACCCGAUUGAUGUAAGCCGCUUCUCCUCGCUAAAGUCUUUAAUACAGCUUGAUCUUUCCGGUAAUAGUAUAUCUCCGGCCAGUUUACAUACAGAUUCAGACAUCCCAACAAACAUGAAGAUUUUGUUGUUACAAGGCUGCAGCAUCAGCGAGUUCCCAAAUAUCUUAAAGAACCUUGAGAAGUUGGAGAUUCUAUCACUGUCCGGCAAUAGAAUCAAAGGGAAAAUCCCAGAGUGGUUAUGGAAGCUUCCUAGUCUUACCACCGUGUUUGUUUCAAAUAAUUCCAUUACUGGUUUCGAAGGUCCAUUGGACGUUUUGGUAAAUUCAUCGUUGAAGAAUUUAGCUAUUGGGAUAAACUGCUUUGAAGGAGAAAUUCCUAUUCUGCCAUUCUCUAUCAACGUCUUUGAAGCAUCAGACAACAAAUUCACAGGGAGCAUAUCUCUUUCAUUCUGUAAUUAUAGGUCUCUGACGCAACUAAAGCUAGGUUACAACAACCUCACUGGUCCAAUUCCUCAAUGCUUGAGUCACAACAACUUGACGAUUUUGAAUCUCCGGAAGAACAACUUGGAAGGAAGUAUUCCUGACGCCUUUUACAUUGGUGCUUCUCUACGUUCACUCGAUGUUGGACACAAUCGAUUAACUGGAAAACUUCCAAGAUCUCUUCAAAAUUGCUCAUCUCUGGAGUUUCUAGUUGUUGACCACAACAGAAUCGAAGACAAGUUUCCUUUCUGGCUCAAGGCUUUACCAAAUUUUCAAAUCCUUAUCCUCACUUCAAACAAGUUCUAUGGAUCUAUAUCUCCUCCUGAUCAAGGUCCUCUUGGGUUUCCAGAGCUGCACAUAUUUGAGAUAUCUGAUAAUAAGUUUACUGGAAGUUUGCCACCAAGUUACUUUGUCAAUUGGAAAGCAUCGUCACUUACGAUGAAUGAAGAUGGUGGUCUAUAUAUGCUAAAUGGAAAAAUUAUCUCUGAGAGAUGGGCCUAUUAUGAUAUAGAGACUAUAGAUUUGCGAUACAAAGGUCUAUCUAUGGAGCAAGGGAGGGUCCUUAGUUCCUUUGCCACCAUUGAUUUUUCUGGGAACAGAAUUGAAGGACAGAUUCCUGAAUCCAUUGGUCUCUUGAAAGCAUUGAUUGCACUCAACUUCUCAAACAACGCUUUCACAGGCCAUAUUCCUCCGUCUUUUUCCAAUCUGAGCAAUCUCGAGUCACUGGACCUAUCAAGUAACCAACUCUCAGGGACUAUUCCUAAUGGACUUGGAAGCCUCUCGUUUUUGGAGUACAUAAAUUUGUCUCACAACCAACUCAAGGGUGAAAUACCACAAGGAACACAAAUUACUGGGCAGCCUAAAUCUUCAUUCGAAGGGAAUGCAAGGCUUUGUGGUCUUCCUCUACAGGAAACUUGCUUCGGGACUAUUACACCACCAACACAACAACCUCUGAAGGAAGAAGAAGAAGAAGAAGAUGAAGAAGUGUUGAACUGGAAAGGUGUGACAAUAGGGUAUGGACCUGGAGUGUUGCUUGGAUUAGCAAUAGCACAUCUCAUUGCUACAUACAAACCGGAGUGGCUUGUUAUGGUAAUUGGUCCGAACAAGCUCAGAAACCGUUAGGAUUGUUUUCAGUUUGAUUAUGAUCCUUCCAUGUAUAUCAAGUGGUUGAUAUGAUUCCUUUUGUAUGGAAGCAUCUCUUUAUGUUUGUUGUUGAUUA